AAUAUCAUAUUGAAAAAUGCACACUAUCAAACGUGUUAAUUGAUGGCUAGAAUUUUGGCUAAGCUUACCUGCUCAGGAGUAACUUUUCGCCCAACCAUGUGCAGUGCAGGAAAUCAAAGCUUAUAUUCCCACCCACACGUGUAGGUGGGCGUUUUUUUGUGCGAUUUAUAAGUCUGAGAAGGGAGAGUCAUCAAACUAUAACUUUCUUGCAUCAUGACUUUUGGGAAAUGGAUCGACAAAGACAAAAUCCAGCAAAUGACCGUUGGGUCCAUAGAAAUGGAGUAUGACGCCGACAUUGGCUGGCCGUUGCUGCAAACGAACUAUGGCCGUACCCAGGGUGGUGUCAGUGUUACCAAGGUGUGUCUCGGUGCAGUGAAAUGCACUAAUAAAAGGUCCGGUAACGUUGUCCGUCGAGCCUCAUCGAUGGCGCGCAUUGAAAAGCGGUGGUCGCGAAAGUGCAUCUGCAACCCCAGAAUCGAAUCGAGUGGUGACGCACUGAAGCAUCUUGUAACAGAAGACUUUCCCGGAUCCCUACAGUCAGGUGGAUAUGAUGCCGGGACAGAUGUGUAUCGGUGUUUGUGCACCUCGUUCGCCUUUGGCAACAAGAACGCCUUCGGCGUGGGGAUACCACGGCUGCCAUUGAAGUCAUUCCAUACCAUGCCGACGUCCCAGCAAACCAGCGGCGGAAACCGCUGCAGAUAAGUACCGGUGAACGGUCAAAGGGACUGAUUAGGUAGGACACCGAUGCCUUGGGUCUUCUCCGCCAGUUCUUGGACGGACGGUUCCUCCAGGGUGGUUACGUUAACCUUGCUCCGCCGAAUCUGCAACCUCACGUUGAUAAUGAGUCGGUCGCUUUCCAAGUGGUUUUCGACCGAUCUUUAGGGCGCCACACGAAUC